CCUCAGGGCAGAUCAGGCAAUAUAUGGAUGAAAUGGCUAUAUACGCAAAGUGGAAUAUUACCUAUUCAAGUAGGUGAGAUAUGAGCGACCGAGAGACCCGGCACGCAUACACACAUACACCCACUUCAACUUACUCAACCCGACCGAAGAGGGACGGGCGAGCCGAUGAACGAACCCACCACUUCACCCUACCCAAAGAGGAAAUGAAAAUGGAAAUGGAAAUGAAAUGAAUCAAGAGUGGGCGGUGCAUACGUAUUGGGUUACUUUAUCUUUUCAUAUUUUGUACAUAAUGGGAUUGAUUGACAAGCUCGUCGCUCGAAAGCAUAGACUCCAUACUGGGACGGGGCCUUCAAUUACGGAGUAUGGUAUACGACAGCCACCAGCAGCAGCCUCAAUCAGAUACGAUGAUUGAUGAUGAUCCAAAUGAAUAUCUAUGGUAGAUACGCCGUGAAGGUUAUGGCUGUGCUAAAGGCAACUUAGAUAGCCUUCGCUUAGCGGUGCGCCUGUCGGGAAAAUCGCCCUGAGCUUAAACGAGCACAUCAUGACCGGAAAGGGAUAUUUCGACGAAUACUGACUUGUUGGCUGUUGGGUCCCGACCCGACUGACCCGACCCGACCGACCGAUCAUGUUCUUGUUUCUUUCUAAUUUCUUGGAUGUUUGUGAGGCGAAGGGAAGGGGGUGAAAAAAG